UCCGGGAGUCCAGCUGGAUCUGGUUGCUGCUUGCUGUCAGUCAGAGCGGGCGAGCAGGGAAGCAGGACCAUGUGGCUACCCCCAGCUAUGCUCCUUCUUAGCCUCCCAGGCUGCUUCUCCCUCCAAGGCCCAGAGUCUGUGAGAGGCUCUGAGGGUGGGUCUGUGACUGUGCGCUGUCGCUACAAACCAAGAUGGAAGAUUUACAACAAGUGGUGGUGUCGAGGAGCGAAAUGGCAUGCGUGCACAAUCCUUGUUAAGACAAGGGGGUCAGAGCAAGAAGAGAAGAGCGGCCGGGUAUCCAUCAGGGACAAUCAGAGAGACUGGUCAUUCGAGGUGACCAUGAAGGAGCUCAGGCAAGAUGAUGCGGACACUUACUGGUGUGGGAUUGAGAAAACUUUAACUGAUGAUGGGACACCAGUUAAAGUGACCGUUGACCCUGUGGGAACCGUCACCAUGUCCUCCAAACCCCUGGAUGGACCUAGCAACGAGAGCAGCAUUGAAGUGUCCUUGUCCUACACAAGGACCCACUACCUACUCCUGGCGUUUGUGAAGGUGCCCAUCUUGCUUGCUUUGGUUGGUGUUGUCCUCUGGAUGAAGGAAUCCCAGAGAGUUCCCAAGGAGCAGUGGGGACACCCUCUUUGUAAGAAUUUGAACUCUGAACUUCUGACCAAAGACAUUAGAGAGAUGGAUGUGCACAGACUUCCCACCCUGGACCCUGUUUCUGACAGAGAGGAGGGCUGUGGAAUAAAUGUCGUCGUACCCUGAGGGCACAGUGACACGCUGGGCCACAAGGAGCUGACUAGAAAUCCUCCCUGCUCUGCACAGCCUGGCGAAGUCGGAGGCGUCAUCAGUCCCGGCAGCACCAGCAGCCUGCUCCUCCUCCUUCAGAUAGCAGUCAGCCCCCACCAGGGGCAGCGCACGGCCAGGGGUCGCUGGGAUGGAGCCCGGCCUUGCCUGGCCACACCCUCUGCUGGGAAAACUCAAGCAGAGGGUGAGAUGGAAGCGCAGAGGAGAGGCGGAAGGACUGCCUGCCACCCUCCCUGCCCGAGGGCCUGAAAUAGGAUUUUUAAAAAUAAUUUUUUCCCUAAACUAGUCUGGGGCUUGAUGGCUCAUGGCCACGAGUCUCUGACGGAGGCAUGAUCCUCCUCCAGGGGCUGGUUCUGUGGUGAGUUCCUGGUUCUGAGGAACGAGUUUGGGCGUCCCCUUCUCCAGGAAGGACGAGGCCCUGAGUCUACAUUGCUGGAGCAAUGGCUCCCUCCCCUGCCUUUCUCUUCCUUCCCUCUCUCCUCAGAGUUGACUUGAACCCCUCCCCUCUGCAUAGCUUCGGGGACUUCUCCUCCAGGUCCCCACUGAACCUUGGGUACCCCCUCAAGUUGGGGAGCUGGACAGUGAAAAUCACCCCAGGGGAAUGAUACUGUUUCUUUAAAAAAAAAUUUUUUUUUUUAAUAAU